AUGGCAAGCAGUGUGCGCAAGUUCGUUGAGCGUUGCACAACCUGUAAGGAAUGCAAGCCCGCCAACAACUCUAAACAUCCCGAAAUGGGGAAACAAAGGCUGUCCUCGAAGCCAUUCCAAAUUUUGGAUAUCGACUUCUUGCAGUCACUUCCACGAAGCCGUGCAGGUAAUUCACACCUGUUAGUUCUACUGGAUGUGUUCUCCAAGUGGACUAUGUUAGUACCUGUGAAGAAAAUUGGCACUGAGUUAGUGAUUCGGAUGUUAGAAGAACAAUGGUUCCGUCACUACUCAGUACCAGAAAUUUUGAUCAGCGACAAUGCUAGUACUUUCCUGAGUAAGGAGUUUAAAGCGUUCCUUGAUCGUUACAAGCGACGGAUGGGAUCCAAACUGGACAAAAAGGACACUGCGAGCAAGCAGCCUGGACGGAUGCGGCCUGUCAAGGACGGCAAUCAGGACACUGCGAGCAAGCAGCCUGGGCGGAUUCAGCCAGCCACGGGCUGCGAUCAGGACACUGCGAGCAAGCAGCCUGGGCGGAUUCAGCCAGCCACGGGCGGCGAUCAGGACACUGCGAGCAAGCAGCCUGGGCGGAUUCAGCCAGCCACGGGCGGCAAUCAGGACACUGCGAGCAAGCAGCCUGGGCGGAUGCAGUCAGCCACGAGCGGCAAUCAGGACACUGCGAGCAAGCAGCUUGGGCGGAUUCAGUCAGCCACGGGCGGCAAGCAGCCUGGGCGGAUGCAGUCAGUCACGGGCGGCAACCAGGACACUGCGAGCAAGCAGCCUGGGCGGAUUCAGUCAGCCACGGGCGGCAAUCAGGAGAUUGUGAGCAAGCAGCCUGGGCGGAUGCGGUCAGCCACGGGCGGCAGUCAGAACACUGGGUGCAAGCAGCCUGCGCGGGGUUGCUCUCGGGACGCGAGCAAGCAGCGAGCCAUGGACGGCGCUCGGGAUGCGACAAACCAGCUACCGAAACGGAUGCGCUUGGGAUCGGAUUCUCAGUCCGACCUGGGUGUUUUAGAUGACACACAGCGACGGAUGGGAUCCAAACUGGACAAAAAGGACACUGCGAGCAAGCAGCCUGGACGGAUGCGGCCUGUCAAGGACGGCAAUCAGGACACUGCGAGCAAGCAGCCUGGGCGGAUUCAGCCAGCCACGGGCUGCGAUCAGGACACUGCGAGCAAGCAGCCUGGGCGGAUUCAGCCAGCCACGGGCGGCGAUCAGGACACUGCGAGCAAGCAGCCUGGGCGGAUUCAGCCAGCCACGGGCGGCAAUCAGGACACUGCGAGCAAGCAGCCUGGGCGGAUGCAGUCAGCCACGAGCGGCAAUCAGGACACUGCGAGCAAGCAGCUUGGGCGGAUUCAGUCAGCCACGGGCGGCAAGCAGCCUGGGCGGAUGCAGUCAGUCACGGGCGGCAACCAGGACACUGCGAGCAAGCAGCCUGGGCGGAUUCAGUCAGCCACGGGCGGCAAUCAGGAGAUUGUGAGCAAGCAGCCUGGGCGGAUGCGGUCAGCCACGGGCGGCAGUCAGAACACUGGGUGCAAGCAGCCUGCGCGGGGUUGCUCUCGGGACGCGAGCAAGCAGCGAGCCAUGGACGGCGCUCGGGAUGCGACAAACCAGCUACCGAAACGGAUGUGCUUGGGAUCGGAUUCUCAGUCCGACCUGGGUGUUUUAGAUGACACACAGCGACGGAUGGGAUCCAAACUGGACAAAAAGGACACUGCGAGCAAGCAGCCUGGACGGAUGCGGCCUGUCAAGGACGGCAAUCAGGACACUGCGAGCAAGCAGCCUGGGCGGAUUCAGCCAGCCACGGGCUGCGAUCAGGACACUGCGAGCAAGCAGCCUGGGCGGAUUCAGCCAGCCACGGGCGGCGAUCAGGACACUGCGAGCAAGCAGCCUGGGCGGAUUCAGCCAGCCACGGGCGGCAAUCAGGACACUGCGAGCAAGCAGCCUGGGCGGAUGCAGUCAGCCACGAGCGGCAAUCAGGACACUGCGAGCAAGCAGCUUGGGCGGAUUCAGUCAGCCACGGGCGGCAAGCAGCCUGGGCGGAUGCAGUCAGUCACGGGCGGCAACCAGGACACUGCGAGCAAGCAGCCUGGGCGGAUUCAGUCAGCCACGGGCGGCAAUCAGGAGAUUGUGAGCAAGCAGCCUGGGCGGAUGCGGUCAGCCACGGGCGGCAGUCAGAACACUGGGUGCAAGCAGCCUGCGCGGGGUUGCUCUCGGGACGCGAGCAAGCAGCGAGCCAUGGACGGCGCUCGGGAUGCGACAAACCAGCUACCGAAACGGAUGUGCUUGGGAUCGGAUUCUCAGUCCGACCUGGGUGUUUUAGAUGACACACAGGAGGCGGAAGUGUUUACGGCGCUGAACCCCUUUGCCAAAGGGGGUCUGGCGAGGUCUCCCCCAACAGGGGCUGACAGCGGAGUGAAGGUGGCCGCAAAUAACGGCACCAAUGGUGAAAUGGAGGUGGUAGGAGAUGAUACUACCAGCACGCUUGGCGGACCACUACCUGCGAUGCAGGAAGUUGCCAAGCAGCUGGAUAGCAUCAUCGAAUUCACGAGCGGGAGGAGUAACAUCAGUAAGGAUCUAAAACAGAACCUGCUGGCCGACCGCGGUAUCCAAACCGAGGCCUUCUCCUUCCAUGGCGGAGCGACGAUGGCGCAGGAGGCGAUAGAUUUCGCCUUAUCGGCCACCAAACGCUUAAUGGAGGGGGAGACUGCGAAGCGGCCUAGGCCUAAUGUAGGCACGCGCAGCAAUGCCAAACGACGGGCAACCAACAAGGCCAAACGUCGCUUGGGUGGUGCGGAUCCGGGUGCGAAGGAUCCCGCAGGGCGGCGUCCCGAGAAGGCGACCUCCCAGCCAAAAAAGGCGAAAGCCGCCAAUCGGGCGCGCACUGCGGAGCGACCUGGCACCAGCCUGCCGGCGCCAUCGGUACAAGAUGGCGAAUGGCAGGUGAAUAUAUUCGCGGAGCACUGGUUGUUUUACGAGAAAUGGUCGUACGAAGAUGUAAGCGGACGAAGGAGGAUGAAUCAAUGA